AUGAAUCAACCUGCCAGCCAAUUAGAUGGACCCAGCUACCCCUUAAUCAAAGACAUAUAUGACAUAGUCCCUCUUUCAUUCACCAAGAUUGUCCCAGUCAGGCCACACCAGAAAGUUGAUCCCAACAGUCUUCAAAUGAUCCGCUGUGUGCAUGGGACCACACCAUCUUUCCCCGAGCAUAUUCACCAAUUCUCCAUCCCUGGGUGCACUGAAUUGGAUGCUGAGGCUUUUUUCACUGCAAUGCAGGCCACUGUCUACUGGAGCUCCCAACAAUCUCAAAAGAAAAAGGACCCUGUGCCCACUCCAUCAUCAUGCAAGAUCGCUGAGGAAAUCCAGAAGAAUUGGAGCCCUCAGAUGGUCAAGAAGUGGCUUACUGAAAGGGUGAUCUCUGGCCUCAACUGGAAAUACAUACACCAACUCAUGCACAGCUUGGAAAUAAUAUAA